AUGGCGACCAGCAGAACCUUGAAGGAUUGCAAGAUCUCGGAAAUACCAGAUGGCAUGUUUUACGUGCCCGACUUCAUCAACCACAAGGAAGAAGCAGGUAUAUUGAACGCAAUACCAUCAAAUCGCUGGAUUCAAUUACAACACCGCCGCUUGCAAACUCAUCCAUCCUCACUUUCGAAAAGCAAUACUCUUCUGGAGGCACCACUACCUCCUUGGCUUGUCGAUCCCAUCAUUUCAAAAUUCAAGUCACUGGGUCUUUUUAGUGACAGUCCACAUCACUCGCCCAAUCACGUCUUGAUCAACGAGUACAAUCCCAAUGAAGGUAUCAUGCCACACGAAGAUGGCGCAGCGUACUACCCAAUCGUAGCCACUGUAAGCUUAUCAAGCGCUCUGUGUCUCGACAUAUACGAGAAGAAUCAGGAUCAAGAUCAAGCUCCUGUUGGCUCAUCGCCCAAGUGGCGUAUCUUGCAAGAACCACGCUCUCUUCUUGUCACUUGCGGAUCUGCAUACACCGAUACUCUGCACGGGAUUUCAGAAGUCGAGAUUGAUGAGAACUUGAGACCCGACACUGUAGCUAACUGGACUCUUCUCGGCGACAACAAAAUCUUUAUCGAAAAUGGAGGCAAAAACGUGCGCACGACUCGAAUCAGUCUCACGUACAGGGACGUUCUCAAAGUUUCAAAGAUUGGAGCAAGAAUACUUGGUAGACCAAGAGGCUAA